CAAAAUAAAAUGAAAUAAAUAAAUAAAUAAAAAUCUAUUUUGUUAUAAAAAUUUCCCGGAACUCGAGGCAAGCUAACUUGAGUAACGCGGGGCGUUACAUGUUCACUUCUAAUUUUGGAUCUUUCUUGUGCAGUUACUCCAAAUCCUACUCCAAAAAGUGACUGACUUGACCAGGUCAUACUUGAAAAAAGUCCAAGAGACUGACGUCGACAAGUGACUGCGAAACUACUCCGGACAGACACUGCAUUAAUCGAGUUAACAGAAAUGCUGCCCCAAAUUUUCAACUGAGUGAAGAGAACUGAGGGGAAAGGUUCCAGCUCGGCUCAAGCACCCAUUGCGAAGGCUCCUGCUCAGAAGGUCAAUCUUGAAACUGUGGUCUUGGAUGACGACAUUGUUGCUCCUCCCGCCUCUAAGGUUAGGUCUUCCCCUAAAAAGAAGAAGAAGAAGAAGGAAAAGAAGGACAAGAAGGAAAAUAGGCCACAAAAGAGAAUGCGUGAAGUCGUGCCAUGCGAAAAGGUGGGGGAGCCUUCUUCCAAAAGAGCUCAGAUCGGCUUAUCAAGAUUUCAAGAUGCACUUCUAUGCCAACACGGUCAUGCUAAUGGUCUGCCAAACUGCAGCGUAGACCAAGCUUGAGCUAGACUAGCGUGACAAGCUGCUGCGGGAUGAGGAGUCGUGCAAGAUUGCCCUACUUGAGGGCAAGGCUAGUAGAGAUGAAAUCGUGCAUCAUAAGGCAAGCUGCCAAUGACACAAUGACUGAGAUGAAUGAUCAAAUGGCCAAAUGCAAGGCCACCAUGAAGGAGGUCACUGAGAGGAUUCACAACUUCGAAGCUUUGGAAGCCAAAACCAUCUCGCUCAAACAAGACCUAGAUUCUGCACGUGCUGAGAAGGAGGUCGUUGAGAAGGAGUUCCGAGACAUUUGUGCCAAGCUUAGCGAUGGGAAGUAUGCCAAGGAAAUGGUUAAGAAGACUCCAUCGUACACCCCAUUUGCGAAGGAUUUUAUGGGCAGUGGUCUCAAAUUCGCCAUCAUGGAGCUGAAGAUGACCCACCCCAACAUAGAUCUUACCAAGAUGAAAAGGAUCUAUGUGGAGGAAUGGACCACCCUUCCUGACAAAACCAAGGCUUCAGAGGAGGUUAUUACCAAAUACGUGAAGGAACUCUUCUCAAAGGAUGAAGAUGUCGAUAACGCUGGCACGAGCUCCCAGGAGAACCAGGAUACUCUUCAGGCGUAGGUGGCUCAGCUCGUUUCUUUUGUUGACUAUUUUUACUUUAACGUUUAUCUCCCAAGUCGGGGCAUAUUUACCUCGACCUCUUUUGUACUCACGACAACUUUUAAUGAAUUUUGAUUUUUACUCU